CAGUUUGAGAGUCGGAUAACAGCGUGCCUUAUCAUGUGCUAUCUAACUAUAUUAAUUACGCUUUAUAGGCCUCAUCAUACACGUAAGAUUCAUACUUUCUUUAUCGAAAUGACGCUUUGUAGCAUUGGGCCAUAGGCUAGACUAAAUUAAAAUAAAGCAAUAGAAUUGUCAUAACAUAAAGUGACGUUGUUUUCUUUUUAUGGUGGUGUUCUGAAGCAAUAGGCCCUAUAAUAAAUCCCGUGCAUAGGUAGCCUAUCACAUGACUGCAGCACUAUCGCCCUUUUGCUCGCUGGCACUCUCAUCUCUGUCUGACCAGAAGGCAGUAGGCAGCAGCAGUCACUGGCUUUGUAAACACAACGUGCUGCGCUGCUUUGUUUCGGAACCGCCACCAUUCUGGGUCUAUCUCUAGCCAUGCCAUGGAUAUUUUGUGGCAAUAUCAAUUCAGGAUAAUUUUGCUAGGAGACUCGACCGUAGGGAAAUCAUCUUUGCUGAAGCGGUUUACAGAUGGAAUUUACAGCGAUGUAGCGGAUCCAACGGUCGGUGUUGAUUUUUAUGCCCGUUCGCUAGACAUCGAGCCAGGGAUUAAAAUCAAGCUUCAACUGUGGGACACGGCUGGACAGGAACGAUUUAGGUCCAUCACCACUUCCUACUACCGUAACUCAGUGGGCGGGCUCCUCGUGUUUGACCUGACCAAUCACAAGACCUUCGACCACGUGAGGGAGUGGCACAAGGAAGUGAGCGAGCACAUCCUGCCGCACAACAUGGUCUACAUCCUGAUUGGCCACAAAAGCGACCUUAACAAGGACCGGAAGGUGACGCAGGACGAGGCUGAGCAGCUGGCGGCGGAAAUGGGGAUACGCUAUGUGGAGACGUCGGCUAAGUGCAACAGCAACGUGGACCGGGCCUUCCAGCUGCUCAGCAGGGACAUCUAUGAGCUGAUGAAGAUGGGGCAGAUCACCACGAGGGACGGAUGGGAUGGGGUGAAGAGUGGCCUCACUACCAGGGUCCUGUACCCGGGCGAUGAGGACAUUGAGGUGGAGCCGAGGGAGAAGAGUUGCAACUGCUGAGAGACUGACCCUCGAUCCCUGACCUCUGACCUCAUCAAGGGUAAUGUUCAUUACGCACCAAACGGAAGAAAACGGAUUGGAACAGAGAGGGACUACCUGGAAUUGUCCAAUAAGAAACGCAAAUGUAUCUUUUUCGUUGCGAAUCGUUCUAGAACGUGUUCCGAUGCGUUCCCUAAUAAACACGACUCAUGUCUCCA